AUGCCACGAUUAAAUAAAUUUACAUUUAAUAUUAACUCAAACAUUCGUCUUUAUAAUCAAAUUGAUUUACUAUUAAAUGAAGAUAUUCAACAUACAUUUGAAGAAUUUAAAGAUAAUCAGAUUGUCUCUUGUGUUAAUUAUUUUCCAAAGAUACAAGAAGAUGGAUUAUUUAAAUAUGUUUAUGAAAUAUCAUUAUCGGAUGAACAUCCUUUUGAACAUAAAUUUUUUCUUCGAAUUGCUCAAUCAUUGCCAUUAUUAGAGAAAUUAACUUUGAUUAAUGAAAAACCACAGAUUAACAAAUUAUGCAAUGAAUCAAAUAAUGACAAUCAAGAUUUGUCAAUCAUUAAAUAUUCUCAUCUAGCUGAACUUAGUUUUCAAUAG